GCCGACCCGACGGCCGUCUCCCACCUCUGCAUCAACUUCCCGGGCAUGAAGGCAACCGACCUCAUGGACGAGCCUGUCGUUAUCGGCGCGGGCAAGGACAUUGCCGUCAUCCGCAUCGCCUACACCUACGGGGCCAGGCCCAUUGAGGCCGUGGCAGAUCUGGGGGUCACCGACUUCGAUUACUUAGUCUACAGAGCCCACGCCGAGAAGCCGUCUCUCCAGCUGCUCCCAAACCCAAAGCCGCUUUUCUUCCAACCCAGAGAGAUCGGUUUCUUGCCAUCUGUGUAUGGUGGUGGAGUGGAGACUUCAUGAUGGCUCUUGUUCGUCCUCACCCUCGGAGGGCUCAACUGCAGUAUGAUCUGCACAUCUUCUCGUCCAAGACGAAUUCGUGGACAACUAGACUGGUGCUGUUGGAGCCACCGGCCCCUAGAUUUGAGCAUGAGUAUCUGGUCCAUAAAACUGACCUUGCGAUCCCCAUGGAAGGAGGCACACUGGGCUGGGUCGAUCUCUGGCGCGGUGUUAUGCUGUGCAACGUGGUUGACAGUGAACCUGUUCUGCGUUACAUCCGAUUUCCCAAGCCGAUGGCUGGCAACAUGGGCCGGCAGGUACCUAAUGAAAAUUCCUGCUCGGGGAGUUCGGGAUGUCACCUGCAGUGAUGGCUUCAUCAGGUUAAUUGAGAUAGAAGAAACGGGAAUGGUGGAUGCUGCAAGACCAUCAAAUGGCUCCAGGAAGAGAGCUGUGCGCACCCCAACCACAGAAUCCUACAAACCAGCAGGCGGUUGGAAUGCUGUCAUAUGGAAAAGAGCCAGCUCCUUGAAGAAAUGGAUCAAGGACUGCACAGCUUAUGUUAGCAAAGGGUCAAUCUGGCCUGUGCUGAUGCACAACCGCCCUGAAAGUUCAGAAUCAGAAAACCUUUUGGUGGCUGGUCCUAUCUGGAGUAUGCAGGAAGAAGAUAUUUUUUAUCUGAUGGUCAAAACAGAUUUGAAGGACAAAAAAUUAUGGGCACUCAAGAUUAAUGUGAGAAAGAGCACAUUGGAGGAUAUGACCUCAUUUUCUGAAGAAAGAGAUUUAUUUUUCAAAGCAGAAUACCAUCCCUUCGCCCUAUCCAAGUACCUGAGCAUGACUCUGGAUAAUAGCAAAGCUGCAGCCGGUUCCCAGAUUCAAGAAAGCGGAUACCCAAGGAAUAGCUCAAGCAACACUGUGGUCCUUACGGAGGGCUUAGAUCCCUGUGUUACUGAGAACUAUGCAUAUGACCAGUCUGGUCUACUCCAAUUUGCCAGCAGGGUGUCCAUCUUUCAUGGAGAAGUGGCAAUAUGAACAAACAGGCAACCCCCACUUCCUAUUCUCCCAAAAUCUCCACAACCCUGAUCCAAAUUGGACUAAGUUACCUUUGCAGCCACACCUGCGGAGGUUGAGUACAUGUAAUGGAAUCAACUACCAUCCGUAUGCACGCAGCUAUGGAGUUCACAAUGACAAUAGCACUGAAGCGCGAGGCAUGCAGUAAUGCCUUUGCAGCAAUCAUGGCAGUGGCAGCAGGCACCUGUUGCAGCACCAGAGACAUCAGCCACCUCUGGCUAAUUGUUUGGUAUCUCAUUCACUAAUGCAUAUUCUGUCUGAAUGGAUCAAAUGUUGAACUAAUUGUUAUCUUGCUGAAUUUUCGGGUCUGUAACGUAACUCCUAUUUUGUUUCAGGAAUGAUGCUACCGUGUAAUGAAUCACCUGAAUGGAUGUUAUGAGUAUUCAGAUCGAUAUUCAAUUAAGUUGAAAGUUUGUAAGCAGACUAUCGGUUCUUUCAUGCCGUUUGCCUUGUGACUGGAUUGUGCUAGAACUAUAAUUGGAAGAUUGCUAUUGACAAUUUUUUUUACGUAUUUCUCUUAA